AUGGGUAAUAAUCAAACAAAACAAGAUUUUAGAACACUUGCACAAACAUCAAGAUUGGACCAUAGUGAGUUAAAAGAAUUAUUGAAACAAUUUAAAUCAAUUUCAAAAAAUGGUGAAAUAAAAAAAGAAGAUAUCAAAUCAAUAAUAGAAAAAAAGUAUGGUGGUAGUGAAAGUUCAUUAUCAAACAUUUUAUUCAAUUUAUUUGAUAAAGAUAAUAGUAAAGGUAUCAAUUUCCAAGAGUUUUGUUUAGCAUAUGGUUUCUUGGUAAAUAAAAGUUUAGAUGAUGUUAUCGAGGUAUCAUUCAAAUGUUUAGAUCUCAAUGGGGUAUUUUUAAAUUGUAUUAACAUUAUAUUUUAUUUAAAUUUUAUUUAUAUUGGCGAUAGUGACGGACAUAUCUCUAGAAACGAGUUAAGAGCAGUAGUAAUGAUGAAUAAAAAAAUGGAAAAAUAUUUAAGAGUUCAUAAAAAACAAUUACCAUUAGAUAAAAUUACAUUCCAACCUAUUGAAGUUUCAAAGAUUAACGAAGAGGCUGACACUUUAUUCCAACGUUUGGAUAUCAAUAAAGAUGGUGAAGUUUCAAAAGAAGAGUUUAUAAGUUUAGCCUCGGCUGAUUCUAGUUUAAAGCAACAAUUAACAUCCUAUUUAGUUAAAGAUGAAACAUUAGAUUUCUUCAAUUAA